AUGACAGAUCGAAUAACCAUAUUGUACGGCUCAGAGACAGGGAAUGCAGAAGAGUAUGCGAAGUAUCUCAAGCAGAGAUUACGCAGCUACAAUUUAAAAGCAAAACUUUCUACUUUAGAUGGCUUUCCUCUAAAGCAAUUGAUUACAGAUACUGAUUAUUUAAUCAUCAUCUGCUCUACAACGGGACAAGGUGAGUUACCACGCAAUGCCAAGUCAUUUAUGAAGUUCAUACUCAAGAAGAAACUACCGCACGAUCUUUUCCAACAUUUGCAUUUCACAACCUUUGGAUUAGGUGAUUCUUCAUAUGUAAAAUACAAUUAUGCUAUCAAAAAGAUUCAUGCAAGAAUGACGCAGCUUGGCUGUCAAGAGCUUUCUCCGAGAUGUGAGGCAGACGAAAUGUCACCUGAAGGCGUAGAUGGCUUUUAUUUGGAGUGGGAAACACAAUUGAUUGCAGCAUUAUCUCAAAAAAUCUCUAUUGUGAAACAGAUAGAUGAUCAAGUUGUACCCAUACCUGAAUUUAAAGUGAUAAUGGGUAAAAGUAAAGAAGAUGAGGCAAAAGCAUUCGUGGAGGCAAACACCAAAGCAUUAUCCGAUAACUCACUUUUGCCAAAGAUAUACAAUAAUUUAAGGCAUGGCACUGUUUUUGCUAACGAACGCAUUACCGCUAAAGAUCAUUUCCAAGAUGUUCGACACAUCAAGAUUAAAUCUAAGGAUCUUGAUUACAAAGUUGGCGAUACGAUUUCAUUGUAUCCAUGCAACUUCGACGAAGAUGUUCAAGCUUUACUUGAACUGCAACCACAAUGGCUUGCCAUAGCAGACAAGCAGCUCCGCAUCAAGAAUCUAAUUGACCAAGAAAUCCACAUCACAUUGCGAAGUCUCAUCAAGUACCAUUUGGAUAUAAUGUCGAUUCCAAGACGAAGUUUUUUCAGUAUGCUCUGGCGUUUUUGUGAUAACGGUACUGAGGAUGGGCAAAGAGAACAGGACAAGUUGCGUGAGUUUGGUGCAUUUGAUGAUCCUGAGGAACUAUACAAUUAUGCUAAUAGACCCAGACGACUGAUUUUGGAAACCAUAACCGAGUUUAGUAACCUCAACAUCCCAGUAUCAUAUAUAUUGGAUCUUGUCCCUUUGAUUAAACCAAGGAUGUUUUCAAUCGCAUCGAGACCAAAUGCCGACGAGGUUGAACUUGUGGUUGCCAUAGUUGAAUAUAAGACGAUAUUGAGGAGGACUAGAAAAGGGUUGUGCACUAGAUGGCUCAAGUCACUCGAACCAGGAGAUGAAAUUGUAUUUUCAUUCGAUAAGUCGCCGUUUGUCAUUGAUAACGAUAGUCCAAUCAUAAUGGUUGCACCUGGUACAGGUGUAGCACCAAUGAAGUCAUUAAUAGAUAACCUACUUUAUCAAAACUCUACGCAAGAAAUGUUUUUAUUUUUUGGAUGCAGAUUUGAAGAAAGAGAUCAUUUGAUCAAAAACUUUUGGGAAAAGGUACCAAACUUGCACAUAAUGAAUUGUUUUUCAAGAGAUGCUGAAUCCAAAUACAAGUAUGUGCAAGAUGCCCUAAUCGAUCAAGCCUCGUUAGUAGGUGAUCUCGUUUGCAACCAAAAUGCUAAAAUUUUCGUAUGCGGUUCCAGCGGGAAGAUGCCAAGAGAGGUAAAGUUGACAUUUGUAGAGAUUAUCAAAAGAUUUCUUAAAGUUGAUGACGCCCAAGCACAACUAUUUGUCAAUGCAUUGGAGGAUACUGGUCGGUACAAAGAAGAUGCUUGGUGA